UGCGCGCAGGACCGGCGGCGGUGGUGGCCUGCAGGCGGCGGACUUCGGCGGCGCGGCUCCUGCAGGGUGCGACCCCCGGGAGCGCCGGGCGCGCGCGACGAUGAGGGCGCGGCCGCAGGUCUGCGAGGCUCUGCUCUUCGCCCUGGCGCUCCACACCGGCGUGUGCUAUGGCAUCAAGUGGCUGGCACUGUCCAAGACGCCAGCGGCCCUGGCCCUCAACCAGACGCAACACUGCAAACAGCUGGAGGGCCUGGUGUCUGCGCAGGUGCAGCUGUGCCGCAGCAACCUGGAGCUCAUGCGCACCGUCGUGUACGCGGCACGGGAGGCCAUGAAGGCCUGCCGCAGGGCCUUCGCCGACAUGCGCUGGAACUGCUCCUCCAUCGAGCUCGCCCCCAACUACCUGCUCGACCUGGAAAGAGGUACCCGGGAGUCAGCCUUCGUGUAUGCCCUGUCGGCCGCCACCAUCAGCCACACCAUCGCCCGGGCCUGCACCUCUGGCGACCUGCCCGGCUGCUCCUGCGGCCCUGUCCCAGGUGAGCCACCCGGGCCCGGGAACCGCUGGGGAGGAUGUGCGGACAACCUCAGCUACGGGCUCCUCAUGGGAGCCAAGUUUUCCGAUGCUCCUAUGAAGGUGAAAAAAACAGGAUCCCAAGCCAAUAAACUGAUGCGUCUACACAACAGUGAAGUGGGGAGACAGGCUCUCCGUGCCUCCCUGGAAACGAAGUGUAAGUGCCAUGGGGUGUCUGGCUCCUGCUCCAUCCGCACCUGUUGGAAGGGGCUCCAGGAGCUCCGGGAUGUGGCUGCUGACCUCAAGACCCGCUACCUGUCAGCCACCAAAGUGGUGCACCGACCUAUGGGUACCCGCAAGCACUUGGUGCCCAAGGACCUGGAUAUCCGGCCUGUGAAGGACUCAGAGCUAGUGUAUCUACAGAGCUCCCCUGACUUCUGUAUGAAGAACGAGAAGGUGGGAUCCCACGGGACCCAAGACAGGCAGUGCAACAAGACUUCCAACGGCAGUGACAGCUGCGACCUCAUGUGCUGUGGGCGUGGCUACAACCCCUACACAGACCGAGUGGUGGAGAGGUGCCAUUGCAAGUACCAUUGGUGCUGCUACGUCACCUGCCGCAGGUGUGAGCGCACAGUGGAGCGCUACGUCUGCAAGUGAGGCCGUGUGCUCCGCCCCUGUGGAGGGGUUCUGCUCCCCAGAGGACCCGCUGAAGGGCCUGGAGACCCUGGUGGACUUCCCUGCAGAUCUCGGAUGCCAGGCGUGGGAGGUGGCUUGUGCUGUGACUCCACUUGGAAGCCACCAGGAACAGGAGGCCUGGGUGGCCUGGGAGGGCCGGGGGAUCAAAGGAAACCGAUAGGAUUAAAAAUAACCUGGCAGCCUGGGGCCCGAGUGCCCACAUGUUGCCUUCCAGGCUGCUCCAAGAAGCCAGGGCAGGGAUGGGUAAGACUGGGUGUCUUUGACCUUUCAAGGCCAGAAAGACCAGCCUUCCAGAAUGUUUUUUGGGACCCUGUGCCCACCACAUGGAACCACUAACUUGGGUUGUAAAUUUUUAUUUUCUUUCCCCCUCCUCCUUUGGGAUGUGGGAGCUACAGAAAUAUUUAUAAAAUAUAGCUUUUUCUUUGGGGUGGCUCACUUCAAUUCCUCUUUAUAUAUUAUAUAUAAAAUAUAUAUAUAAUGAUUAUAUUUUAAACAACUGUGUGAAAUAAAUGCUGAGCAAGC